UUCAAGUAAUUUGUUUCCCGUUCCAUUUUGGCUUUCACUUCGUCACCAUGCAGGCUCCCAGCUUGUCGUCGCCAGUGCCAUGGCUGUUGUUUCUGCUCUUUUCUCCUGCCGAUUCUUACUUUGGCUACGCCCUGAUUCGUUGCCAGUUUAAUUCCACGCGAGACGUCAUUUAUCUGGAACAAUUGUUCUUCAACAAAGUGUUUCUGGCCGAAUUCAACAGCACGCUGGGAAAAUAUGUGGGAUACACAGAGAAAAUGCGGAAAAUCGCUGAAGAAGUUAACAAGAGCAAAGGGUUUCUGGAACAAGCAAAAAAGAAUCAAAAGCAAUGUGAAGACAAUCGUGAGCUGGUCUAUGAUGUCCUGUUGACACCAGUUGAGCCUUCUGUCACGCUGAGGUCAGUUGAGGCAGCAGGCAUGUCACAUCCAGGAAUGCUUGUCUGCAGCGCUUACGAUUUUUACCCUAAAAACAUCAAACUGACAUGGCUGAGGAACGGACACGAGGUGACCUCCGACGUGACGUCGACAGAGGAGCUGUCCAACGGAAACUGGCUCUACCAAAUCCACUCACACCUGGAAAUUAAACCCUCCCCUGGAGAUAAAAUCAUCUGUAAGGUGGAGCACGCCAGCCUCAUGGAGCCCAAGCUCUAUGAGUGGGAAUCAAUCACAACAUCAGACAAGAAUAAGAUCGCAGCAGGGACAGCGGGGAUUGUGCUUGGCCUGGUCUUUCUCAUUGCCGGAGUCAUUUUCUACACGAGGCACAAUAAUGGCCAUCAACCUGUGCCCACAAAUCCAGGAAUAAAUUAAGGAUUAUGUACCAGCACAUGAACUGAAAUGUUUAAACAUACAGUCAUUCCAGGUGAAAGACUCAGAGUGGACUAAAGAAGCAUUAUGAAGUCAGACUCAGAAAACAGUGGAUAUCCUGUCAGGAGUUGAAUGAUAGCAGUGUUUUUUUUUUUUAAUUGUUUUAUUUUAUUUGUAAAGUGAUCAUCUGAAUAAAGUAAUAAAUAA